CGUCAACGACGUCGAGCUCGCUCCCCUCCAAAACACCAAAACACCAUCCACAGGUGUCGAUUCCACUCCCAGGACAUAUAGACGCACACGACCCCCUGUCGGAAAGUAAAGGUUCAGUUUCGUUUCUUCUGCCGUAUCCUCAACCUAUGGCCUCAGCUACGGUCUCUCCACCCGCCACCAAUGGUGUCAACGGGAUUAACGGUCAUGUCGCUGCCAACGGCAUCAACGGGAAGGAGAAUGGGAAGCCGAAAAUGACGAAGAACCAGCUGAGGCGUGCCAAGCUGAAGCAGAAGAAGGCGGCUGCUCAGACGGAGUCGGAGACGGAUGUUGAGACGGAGCCGGUCAAGGUCGAGGACCGUUCAUCAGCUGUGCCUACUAGAUUCGACUUUGAGGAGUUCGACGUCAAGGACCCGAUAAUGGAGCAGUUCUCCAACAUCUUCGCGCGCUUCCAGAUGCCCGAGGACGCUGUAUCGAUAAAACGCGAACCCGGAGAGCCCACCAAAGGCGAGGUUAUCUACUCGGACGACGACAUGGAGAGCGCCGAAGGCUCGGAUGCCGAGGAGAAGAAGCCACUCUCCAAGAAAAAGCAGCGCAAGAUGAACCGGCUCACCGUCGCCGAGCUCAAGCAGCUCGUCACCAAACCCGAGGCCGUCGAGUGGACCGACCCUGCCGCUGCGGACCCGCGCCUGCUCCUGCACCUCAAGUGCUCCCGCAACACGGUUCCCAUCCCCGCGCACUGGUCCGCCAAGCGCGACUACCUCCAGGGCAAGCGCGGUAUCGAGAAGCCGCCGUUCCAGCUGCCGUCGUACAUCGCGGACACGGGCAUUGCGACGAUGCGCGAUGCGGUCAAGGAGAAGGAGGCGAACAUGAGCUUGAAGGCGAAGACGAGGGAGAGGGUGCAGCCGAAGAUGGGCAAGAUGGACAUUGACUAUCAGAAGCUGCACGAUGCGUUCUUCAAGUUUGCGACGAAGCCGCUCGUCACUGGCUUUGGCGAGAUGUACUACGAAGGGAAGGAGUUCGAGACGCAGCUCAAGGAGAAGCGGCCCGGUGAUCUAUCGCCCGAGCUCGUCGAGGCGCUGUCGAUCCCGCCCCUCGCACCGCCACCGUGGCUUAUCAGCAUGCAGCGCUUUGGUCCACCGCCCAGUUACCCUACACUACGGAUACCGGGGCUGAACGCGCCUAUUCCCGAGGGUGCACAGUGGGGCUUCCACCCCGGUGGAUGGGGCAAGCCGCCGUUGGACGAGUACAACCGGCCGUUGUACGGUGAUGUGUUCGGUGUGCUACCCAAGGUGUCUGAUACGAAUAUGGGCGAACCCGUCAACAAAGACUUUUGGGGUGAACUCGAGCCUGAAGAGGAGGAAGAAGAGGAAGAGGAAGAAGGGGAGUCGGAAGAAGAAGAGGAAGAGGAGGAGACCGAGGUUGCACCUGCGGACGGCAUGCAGACGCCCUCGGGUCUGGAGACGCCGAGCGGAAUGGCGAGCGUGGUGUCGACGGUCGCUGGCGGACUCGAGACACCCGACUUCCUCGAGCUCCGGAAGAACGCGCCUGCGUCACGCGAGACGCCUGCGGAGACGGGGCCCCGGUCGCUGUACCAUGUUGUGCCCGAGAAGCAGACGUCGGUGAGAGGGCUGAUGGGCAGUGAGCGCGGAUAUGACGUGAGCGGUGUGAGCGGAGCGCCCAUUCCUGUGCUUGGCGAAGAGCGCGGGACAAAGCGCAAGGCUGGUGUGGAUGUAUCUUUGGACGCUGGGGAGCUGGAGGGAAUGUCGGAGGAGGAGUUGCGGCGGAAGUACGAGGCGAGUUCACGUGGCUCUGCGGGUGUCUCGGGUGCGAAAGAAGAUUUCUCGGAUAUGGUGGCCAAGGAGAUGGCGAAGAAGAAACAGAAGAUGGACCAGGAGCGGGAGAGAAAGAAGGGAGGCGGGGAAAAGUACAAGUUUUGAGCGUAUGUUUAAUUUCCUGGUAGCUGUUACAAUAGUCUUGUCUUGCGCAUAUUUUAUCUCAC